AUGAGCCGCAAUGGAACGGUUCCCAGCACACCUUCCAGGGCAAAUCGUACGACACCCUUCACGCCCAAACGAUCCUUGUCUGUGCUGUCGACUUCAUCGUCGACAAGUUCAACUAGCACCACUACAGACCAGCAGUUGAAUGCUCGACUUUCUCGCGCCAAUCAACCAGUUCUGCUCAAUUCUACUCACAAGAAGUACAAAGCCACAUUAUCAGUUGAAUCGCGAUCGAAGACUCUCAGGCCGAAGACACCAUUGAAUCCAGUCCCUGGGACGCCGACGAAGAAAGAUGGUACACAUAGUAGACCAAGGACACCAGUUACACCCAGAAGCAGAAGUGGAGCUGAAAGUCCAAUGCUAUCUCCAUCGAAGAGCGAGAUGGAUGUUAGUAAUGUCGAUCCUGAACAAGUUCUCGUCGAUUCGCAGACCGUAGAGCCAGGUGAUGUGAGUGGAGAGAUUGACGAAGCAUGGCUGAAAGCGGCGGAACUCAACCACGGAAAACAAGAUAAAGUUAUGGUAUCCAUCAGAAUACGUCCGACAGAUUCAGACUCUGCUUGGAUCCCCAAUCAAAAUACCAACUCACUAAAGCUUGAUCCCAAUUUUGCGAAACACGCCACCACCACCUCAUCUUCGUUAUCUUCAUCCUUUAACUUUGAUGCCGUACUUACCGGGUCAGCGAACAAGCCCGUUUACACCACCGUUGCAAGAUCUCAUGUUCAAGCUGCGAUGGAGGGGUACAAUGCAGUUAUAUUUGCCUAUGGACAAACAGCAUCUGGAAAAACUUUCACGCUCUCCGGAGACGAAACUGAGCCUGGUAUCAUCCCCCGCGCCAUGCGCGAUGUGUUCGGGUUCAUCAAGAGGACGCCAGAGAGGGAAUACCUCCUUCGAUGCAGUUAUCUUGAGAUAUACAACGAAACAGUCGUCGAUCUCCUGGCCCCACCAAUGAUGGCCAAGUCUAAUCCAGUUCAAAUUCAAGGUGGAGCCGGAGGAGAUGUUAUUCUUACUCCUCUAAGAGAGGAAGUCGUCACGAGUUUGAAAGGUGUCAAAGACGUUCUAAAACGAGGAGAGGGGAAUAGGCGGACUGCGUGUACGGAUUGGAACGAGCGAUCUAGUCGGAGUCACAGUGUAUUUCGUCUGGUUGUGGAGAGUCGUGAACGGGGGGCGUCAGGGUCGUCAGACGACGAUGAUGAGGAUGAGCCUAGUACGCCCGCGUCCGCGAUGAACGGCAGACAGACUCCAGGCUUUGCUGGGCGACAGACUCCAGGUCUUGGCGGCAGACAAACCCCAGGACCUAACGGCAGGCAUACACCUGGAUUAGGUGGACCCAGGCUUCAGGCAAGAGGCGGGCGGUCGGUUCAAACAUCUGUGCUGAGUCUUAUUGAUUUGGCUGGUUCGGAGAAAGCUACUUCUGACAAGGAAAGAACUAGAGAAGGAAAGUACAUUAAUACGAGCUUACUCACAUUGGGCACUGUCAUUGGCACUUUGGCUGACAAUGCAGCGAAGAACAAGGCGGAUCACGUACCAUACCGAAAUUCGAAGCUGACGCGUAUGUUGCAACCGUCACUGUCAGGAAAUGCACGAAUUAGCGUUAUUUGCACCAUUAAUCCUGAUGCCGGGGCCAUUUCCGAAAGCAUGAGUACACUGCUUUUUGCAAAGAGAAUCAAGAACGUACAGCUGAAUGCCAAGAAGAAAGAGGUAGUUGACACCGACGCCCUGAUCGAACGCUAUCGUAAGGAGAUUGAAGAGCUGAAGGCUCGUCUUGCUGAACGCGAGGCUGAGGUGCCAGCACGUUCUCGACGACUGUCCGCUCGUGAACAAAUUGAUGAAUCCCGUGCUAUGCGCGACCUGAAUGGAAGAAUCCAGCAACUAACGAAGCUCAUCCUGACGAGUGCGACUGUGGAAGAGACCAAGGUGGAUGAUGAUGAUGAGCGGGCCGCCAGUCCGGUCAAGAUCGACUUUGACAUGUCGCCGUAUCAGCUUCAGCAGGAACUACUUGCCGCGCGUUUACAGAUCGAAUCCCAGGCCAACCAGAUAUUGUCACUGGAAGCAUCGCUCCUUGCGCGACCCCCGUUACCCGCGGACGCAUCGGAGAACGAGAAGGACAAGUUAAUCGCGGAACAAACGAAGACAAUACGUGAGCUUGAGAUUGUGGUUCGCGGGUAUGAGGAAAAUCUAGGUGAACCUUUGAGGAAAGUUAAAGAGGAUGUCGAGAAGGAAUGGAUGGAAAAACUCGAGGAAGAGCAGAGAAAGACUGAGAAAAGCGAAAAAUGGGCUGAAGAGCUUGUUAAAGCCCUGGAGAAAGAAAAGAAGGCCAGGCAAACUUUAGAAGAAGAACGGCGCGCGCUGGCCACCUUUGUGACACGCUUUGAUUCGCUGGGUCUCGGACAAACCAUUCCUCCUACAAAACUGAAAAUGCCCACACAUGGAGGCGCGAUGGCGACUUACAACGAGCGGCGGCAAUCACGAUCGUUUUCUGCGCGCCUGCCGCGGAUUUCGGAUGUCACCGUUAUGCGCGACAUGACCGGUAACACCGAGUCGAGCCCAAUGCGCCUUGACCGCGCUGGCGCGCGUUCGCAGCCGAGUUUGUUUGAUCAGGAUAUGCUGGAGGAAUUAGGCGGGGCGGCUGAUGUGAGCUUUGAUGAGUUGGAGGUGGAAAGACAUCUCCUAGACACUUCGAUAUACAUCGCACAGCCCCUAUCUUCCAAUGUCGCGGAGAAACUGGGCCACGGAGUUGAUAAGACUGCCUUGGUGAGGCCACGAGACGUAUUUGGGGAUAAGGAAAACAUUCUCCCGUAG